GGUCGUGAACCGGAAGCUCUAAUGCAGCCCGUGUUGGCUCGAGACUAGGCCACAUCCUGUCCGGAAGGAUCAUAGAGCUGCCUUGAGAAAGGGAGAGCGAGGCUCGCUUGCUCAAAGAGGGAAGGGGAAGCUGGUGCAGCUCCUCGCCAUCUGUGCUGGCGGAGGGGCAUCAUCGAGGCGAUGCGCACAGCGAGGAACGAGAGACUGGAAAGAAUGUCAAUGAAGUUUCCUGUCCUGUACCAGAUGUCAUCCUGUUAAGCUUUCUGCCAGACAGAAAUGAGCUCCGGCUGUGCUGUAUAAUAGCCAUUAUUAUGAACAGUAACUAAUGCAUUGCCUGCCCAAUCCUUACUAGCUUCCUGUAGGCAUAACGUUUGCUUUCUUCUCUUUGGGAGAACAUUAGUACCAUUUUCUUGGUGUACCCUUAAUAGGAGUUGUACCACCCCUUUGUGUCAUGGUGCAAGACCACGCGGAGGAAUGAAAGGCAAUGAACACAGGAGCAGUGACCAGAGAGCCCAUGGGAGGAGACAUGAUGAAUACACUUUGUCAGGAGCUGCUGCUACCUGGACUGUCAGAUUCAGGGAAUGAAGACAGCCGUGGCAUCGCGAGUGAAAAUCUAGCAGUGGGACAGAGCUUACUUUUAACAGAGGCUUCUGUGGUAGAAACAGAAACGGGCGAAGUUGAAAUACUCGUCGAAGCUGCAACUAGCAGCAUGUCCCUGAGCAAUCCUGGAAACACUACAGAAGUUGUCGUCAAAGUUGUGGAACUAUAUUUCUGCGAACGAUGUGGGCAGAGUUUUUCUGAUCCCAGCUUGCUCUCCCAGCAUCGGUGUGUUGAGCUUUCCAGAGAAUGCCUCACAAGCAUCCCGCAGCUCCAAGGGUUAUCACUAGGACUCGCCAGCCAGAACCUGGCUGUAUCUGGAGAAGACACAGCUGUCCACAAAGCAUCAGCACAGAACUUGUCAGAAGGAAGCAGGCAGAACCCUGAAUUAUGCACUGAGCCCCUCCUCUGUCCCAUUUGCCAAGGUGAAUUUGCACUGCCCGGUGAGCUGAAGGAACAUUUUAAGGAUCACCAUAAACCACAGGGGCCCCCGGUUUGCCCUGAAGAAGGUUGUCACUUCAGCUCGGAGGACCGCAAACAGCUCCGGGGUCAUCUGCAGCGUGUCCAUCAGAUCUCUCCGGUAGCUUGCGCCUACCGGGGCUGCCCACUCUUAUUCCGAAGUCAAGAGGACAUGGCACUUCACCGAAGGAGCCACUUCCCAUUUCACUGUGGGCAUUGCGACUUUAUCAGUGCCAACACCAAGCAGUUUGGGCAGCACAGACGCAGCCAUCUGCAGGAAGUAGGAACAGUGCCGGAUGCGAGAGAAGUUGGUGAGAGCAGCUUCGCUGCUGUGGAGGGAAAGGGACUGACUGAUCAUCUGCUUCUCAACUCAGAGGAAGACUCACUCAGCAAAUCGGGGACUUCUCUUGAUGCUCGCAGUGGUUGGGGGGUAAUGGAAAUGGAUCCUGGCCAGGGAGGAAAUGUUGAUAGCAGUAAUGUGCUUCAUGAAGACCAGACAGCAUUGACCAAGGAAGACAACCCCAGGAAGAGAGGAAAUGAAUUAUUGGAGGAAGAAGAGGGGAUUUCAUGCAAGACAAACCAAGGCAACAAGAACGCAUAUACCAAGACAACAAAAGCCUCUCAGGUUCAGCUGUUCAAAGGAGAAGUGGCAGAGGGCUCCAAAUACCUAUUUAAGACCCACAUGUGUCCGGAGUGUAAACGGUGCUUCAAGAAGCGGACUCACCUGGUGGAACACCUUCACCUGCAUUUUCCAGACCCCAGGCUGCAGUGUCCAAACUGUCAGAAAUUCUUCACCAGCAAGAGCAAACUGAAGAUCCACAUGAUGCGCGAGACUGGGGAGAAGGCUCAUCGGUGCCCACUGUGCCACUACAGCUCUGUUGAGAAGAAUGCCCUCAACAGACACAUGGCCAGCAUGCAUGAGGAUAUUUCCAACUUCUACUCGGAUGUCUAUUCCUGCCCUGUAUGCAAGGAGAAGUUCAAGCUCAGCCAUGCCCUCAAGGAACAUCUGAAGACUCACAAAGCAGAGCACAAGCAACUGAGCUGCUUCCAGGUCGGCUGCAGCUACUGCACAGAGGACCGCAAAGAGUUCCUGCGGCAUGUCCGGGAGGUCCAUGGCAUAAAAGCUGUGGAGUGCAAGUACUAUGCCUGCUCCCUGCUCUUCCCAUCUGCAGAGGUCAUGGAGGUGCAUCGCAAAACACACUAUGCCUUCCACUGCCAGCAGUGCGAUUUCAUCUGCUCCAACAAGCAUAUCUUCCGCAAACAUAAGAAGCAAGGCCACCCAGGAAGUGAAGAGCUCCAGUGCAGCUUCUGCCCCUUUGCCACAUUCAACUCUGUGGAAUUCCAUGACCACGUUGGCAAGAUGCAUGCUAGUGAGAAGAUACACAAAUGCUGUGAAUGCAACUUUGCCACUGCGCACAAGAGAGUCCUCAUCCGCCACAUGCUUCUCCAUACAGGAGAGAAGCCUCACAAAUGUGAGCUGUGCGACUUCACUUGCCGAGACGUGAGCUACCUUUCUAAACAUAUGCUGACCCAUUCUGAUGAUAAGAACUACAUGUGCACUGAAUGUGGCUACGUGACAAAAUGGAAGCACUACCUGAACGUUCACAUGCGCAAGCACACAGGAGAUCUCAGGUACCAGUGCAACCAGUGUCCCUACCGCUGCCAUCGGGCUGACCAGCUGAGCAGCCACAAGCUGCGCCACCAGGGCAAGUCCUUGAUCUGCGAAGUGUGCGGCUUCGCUUGCAAGCGCAAGUAUGAGCUGCAGAAGCACAUGCAGGCAAAACACUCCCAGGACUACCAGACGCCCGUCUUCCAGUGCCAGUACUGCAGCUACCAGACCAAGUACAAGCAAGCCCUGCUCAACCACGAGAACUGCAAGCAUACCAAGCAGAGGGAGUUCCGCUGUGCCCUCUGCCCUUACUGCACCUUCAGCAACACUAGCCUCUUCUUCCACAAGCGCAAGGUCCACGGCUAUGUGCCGGGCGACAAGGGCUGGCAGGAAAACUAUGCCAGUAAGGAGGUAGAAGUCAACUCCGCUAAGGUUGUGCUUGGUUACAAUCUUGCCAUGACACUGCGUUCCCAGUCCAGUUCUGCUCUACGUGGGAAAGAGCUGUGGCACGACAGAGCAAAAUCUCUGCUCCCGGAAGCUCAGGAGGAAUACCAGCAUCAACAGUCUUUCAUCAUGCCAGUCUUUGGGGAUGGCAAUAACACUGAGACAGUGGCAGAAGAAGCUGUCGGAGGACAGGGCCGUAACAAGGCAGACAUGGCUCCCCCGGGAGAACUCUCUGAGAAAAUAUCUUCUGUGAGCACCAGGGAACCGGGCGAUGUGAGCAGCACGCUGGGUCCAAAUUGCACCGUGCGCUUGGAGCCCUUCUGUAAUUCAGACCGGACUCUGGAGCAGCUGGCCAAGGAGAUUUCCACAGCUCUGCCAGAGGAACCGGGGACUCUGGACUGCAGGGAAAUGGAGCCAGCUUAUGAAGCAUUAGGCUCCAGAGAUUCCCUUAUAUUGGAGGAUAGUAAUCCCGCCCUUGAAGAUAUACCUGAUUUUGAGGAGGAAACUGAAGUCCAUGGUGAUGAACAGUUGGAGCAAGAGAAAGGUGUUGGUUCUGGUGUUGGCGAGAGCUGUGAAAAGGACACUCGGCAAGAUCCAGAGGAAAAGGAAGAGGACAGGCAGGGCUCUGAACCUCUGCAAGUACCACCCAAUCCUGAGCAAAACGUAGGGUGCAAAGAGCUGAGUGAACAAGAGACCUGGUCAAACAUGUUAAAGGCAGGCUCCCUCGAACCCAGUGCCUGCCAUGAUUUUCACCUGGCCCCAGAAGGUGCCCUUCUCCAUUUGGAAGAUGCUUCUCAAUCAGAAUCACUGCUGAAAGCUCUAAGGAGACAGGACAAAGAGCAAGCGGAAACCUUGGUGCUAGAAGGGAGGGUGCAGAUGCUCGUGGUUCAGUCUGAAAGCCCAGUAUUCAGGUGUGAGAAGUGCUCCUACAUCACCAGGAAGGAGAAGUCCAUGCUAGUGCACUGCAAAGCAGGUUGCCAGGGCAGAAAGUGCCCUCUGGCAUGCCAAGAAUGUGGAGCCAUCUUCAAGCAACAAAGAGGGUUAAAUACUCAUAUCCUUAAGAAAUGUCCGGUCCUCAUGAAAAAGAACAACGGGAAAUUUGCUGAACAGCCCAGGGAGAAGGGGCUGGAAAUGGUAGAAGCAAAAAAGUACGAUGCAGGAGCCUUAAAUGAGGCAGAGGUGAGCAAGGUGCAGGAGGGAUCUGGGGAAGCAGGACCUGACGAUGCAAGCUAUCUGGCCACUGUGCAUCCUGACAAGCAGAAUUUGGCUAUCGAUCAGCUAGAUGAGUCAUCUCGGGAUGUCCUUGCGACUACGGUAGAAGAAACGUUGCCACAGGCGGCUAUCCCAGAUACAGCUUCCUCUCAUUCAGAAAAAUACUACUCGGAGCAGGGCAAGUUCCACUGUAAAUCCUGUUCCUUCAUCUGUUCGCGAGCGUCCACCAUCCGUUCCCACGUACAGGACGGAUGCCGUGGCCUGGAGAAGUUCUGGUGCCCCGUAUGUUCUAAGCCUUUCCGCUCCAAGAGGGCCCUGAAGCUCCACCAGUCGGAGGCGCAUGUUAAAGCACAGCCCGUAAAGUUGCUUGAAGGGACCAGCAGCAGCAGCGUUCCCCCAGAUGCAGGAGAGGAGCACAAGAACGGGCAGGCUGGCGGUGAGGAGCUGAGCCAGCCUGACGAGUCAGCAGCAGCAGCGACAUCUCCCCAUCCAACUCCUCAGCACAAGAGGCAGCACUUUGCUUGCCCUACCUGCCCUUUCACGUGCCACCAGGCGCGAGCUCUGAAGACUCACAAGAAGCGGGGAUGCUUGAAGUUGGGAGAGUUCCGCUGUUCGCUGUGCUCCUUCACUUCCAAGGCUGCUGCAGCCCUGAGACUCCACCGGAAGCUCCACCGGAAGUACUACAGCACACGCCCCCAGCUAGCCUGUCGCCAGUGCGACUUCACUUGCAAGCAAGCACGCUGCCUGCGUCAGCACAUGCGCAUCAAGCACGAAGGCGUGAAGCCUCACAAAUGCCCUUACUGUGAGUUCAGCACCACGCGGCGCUACCGCCUGGAUGCCCACCAGUCCUUGCACACGGGAGUAGGCCGCGUCGCCUGCCCUACUUGUGGCCAGACCUUUGGCACAAACUCCAAGCUGCGUAUUCACCGCUUGCGUGUCCACGAGAAGAAGCCCACUCACUUCUGCCUGCUCUGUGACUACAGUGGCUACAUUCAGAACGAUAUCACUCGCCACGUCAAUAGCUGUCACCAAGGGGAGCUGAACUUCGCCUGUACGCGUUGCGAAGCCCGUUUCAGUUCGGAAACGGCUCUCAAGCAGCACGCUCUGCGGCAGCACGAGGAGAAAGUCUGUUACAGUUGUCCGCACUGUGCCUUUGUGUGCCACAGCGAGGCCACCCUCAAGUGCCACGUCCAGAAGCAGCACCCUCACCUGCAGUGUGCCACCUGUAAGGAGACUCUGGCUAGCCGUGAAGAGCUGGAGGACCACAAGAAACUACACUUCAGCCACCGCUGCGACUGCUGUAGCUUUGCGGCCAAAGAGCGGCAGCAGCUAGUGAACCACUACUUGGAGGCCCACGAGCCCUCCGUGGCUGAGGAAAGGCCACUGAAAUGCUCCUUUUGCGACUUUGCCUGCUACCACCAGCUGGUCUUCGAUCACCACAUGAAGGGUCACGGCGGCACGCGUGUUUACAAGUGCUCCGACUGCGAGUACACCACCAAGAACAAACAAAAGAUCACAUGGCACAUCCGCAUUCAUACUGGGGAGAAACCGUAUAAGUGCCACUUGUGUCAGUACGCCUGUGCUGACCCUUCACGCCUCAAGUAUCACAUGCGUAUCCACAAGGAAGAGAGGAAGUACCUUUGCCCGGAGUGUGGCUACAAGUGCAAGUGGGUGAAUCAGCUGAAGUACCACAUGACAAAGCAUACAGGAAUCAAGCCAUACCAGUGUGAUGAGUGCAAGUACUGUACCAACCGAGCUGAUGCCCUGCGCAUCCACAAGGAGACACGUCAUCGCGAGGCCCGCUCUUUCAUCUGUGAGCAGUGUGGGAAGGCCUUCAAGACGCGCUUCCUCCUGAAGACUCAUCUGAAGAAACACAGCGAGGAGAAGCCAUACGUCUGCAACGUGUGCUGCCGGGGCUUUCGGUGGGCAGCUGGCUUGCGGCACCAUUACCUCACUCAUACCAACGAGCACCCUUUCUUCUGCCGCUACUGCAGCUACAAGGCCAAGCAGAAGUUCCAAGUGAUCAAGCACCUGCAGAGGCACCAUCGUGAGCAGGGUGGGACAGAGGGGGACCUCAGCAGAGGAGUGGGCAAAGACCCCAGCACUCUCACUGUCCAUCUGCAUGAUGUUCAGCUGGAGAUUUUCCCCGCCAGACACCCAGGGGAGGCUCAGGUGUUGCCGUACAGCUAGUUUAAGAGAGACGGAUGGAGUUAGAUGUCAGGGCUGCUCUGCUGUAGUCUUCAUGAGCCAUAGGAAGGCACAGGCCUAGUGCUCGCAGCACAGGAAGCCACGUCCAAGCCAUUUCAAGCCCAGUGGGACAAACACAGGCCAUUCUAGGUCAAGCGUAUGCAUUUGUGUAUGUUUAUAGGCAUAUCUGUAUAUCUGAUGUAAAGGAUGUUACUGUAUAAAGGGGAUCCUCAGCGUUGUUUGCAA